AUGAUAGGCGGCGUGAGGACAUUCUACGAACAGCCUUAUUCGUGGAACUUUGGCCGGUCCAAAAUCAGAACCUCUAUUCUCAGACAAUGGAUGAUAGGCGGCGUGAGGACUUUGCGCCAUUCGGUCGAUAACCAGAACCCAAAGAGCCCCAGGUGUGCCCAGCCGGUAAAUGGCAUUGUGCAGCCCCAGGUGAUGCCGCCACCCAAUCGUAAGGGAAGGGUCACCAAUUUCCUGUUAAAACUGAGAACCGCUGUGAAUGCGUUGUCGCGCAACCCUUCCUCGCUGCACUUUCGCCGACCUGUCGAUGCCGUGAAGCUGAACAUCAGGGACUACUACGAAAAAAUCGCAAACCCCAUGGACUUGAACACAAUCAAGAAAAGAUUUGAGUACACAUACUACUGGGGCGGUGCAGACGUCCUGGAGGACAUUCUAUUGAUUUUCGAAAACUGCAGAACCUACAACAGUCCAGAUUCGACCGUGUUUAAAGCUGCUGUCACCCUGUGCGAAUGCUUUUGGCUGAGCAUGGCGAAAAUGCAGCAGGAAUUGCACAAAGAGUGUAGGGCUGAGGCCAAGACCAGGCGUCCGCGGAAGGCAUCCAUUUCAAAAACUUCUCCAUUGCCGAAGACCCCGCGCCAGGAAAAGGCUGUCAUUCCGAAAAAGACUAAUGUGGAAAUCGAGGAUUUAAAUCAGCCAAAGGCAGACGAUCCACUGCCCUCCUUUUGGGGCCGUUCCCAAUCAACAUCCGAAUCGGCACCAUUGCAAACAGUUCACGCCUGUGACACCGGCCCGUCGUGGUCGUGGCCGACCUCCGGGGCCACCAUCUCAAAAAGCAGUUGUUGA